CAAGGACGGGAUCAUAUCCCCUGUUCCAUUCGCCAAAGAAUAUUUGAACUUUCAUGCGUAACAUUCAGUGUGGUGGAAUCGUGUCAAUCAUGCCCACCUGUCUAUCAUGCGAGUGGCUUCGUGGUUCGCACAUUCGGUGCGCAUCCCACGAGGCUGACGUCUUGAAAUGAGGGUAAGUCUGUCCACCGUGAGGUCUUCUCUCAUUAUCCUUCCAGUCUGCUCGCGGCGUCUAGCAAUCUCCUCAGAUAUUCUUGUCAUUCCUUGUUCAACCUCCCUUUUUGAUCAUUAUGGUGCCGCACGCGUUGGACAAACUCUGGAGGUUCGACGAAACCCCCAAUGUGAGCCAGCCGCCGGCCAAAAAGGCUGGUAAGCCAGCCUUGCAAUGGACACCAUCUCGAGAAAGGAAGCUCUUUCGAUGUGUCGCAAUGGCCAAUGUGCCAAUGAAACAUAUUGCUACCGCCAUGUAUGAAGCGGCGGUACCUGCAGAAGAUGGAAAGCCUGAACAGCCAGAGUUCGCUCCCUGUCGCUCGUCCUGCCGAAACCAUUGGCAUGAAAUGACUGAAAUGAAGCCAAAACAAAUGCUCAUAAAUAAUCUCUUCAGUAGAGAGAAGCAGAGGAAGCAAAUGACGGCAGCUUUUGAAGCAUAUUUAGAGCGAAAGUCGAAGACAGAUUCAAGUAACGAAGCCCAAGUUCCAAAUACUGUACCAAGUAUGCCCAAGACUUCAUACGAAGACACCAUCUCCACCACUUCGUCUCAGAUGGGAACGGCUACAGAUAUGUCCACGCCUCUCCUGAUCUUCGAAGGAGAGACGCCUAUCGACCAUGGACCAGUCUUCACUCCCAAAUCACACGACACAGCACAACCCCGCAUUGCGGACGGUGCCAUUCGUCCACUCAAUUGGGGAACAGGACCAAUCGGACUGGACAGUGGUGAAAUGUCCCCAGCUGCACAGAUUACUGCAACCAAACGCCGUGUCCCUAUCGACUUUGAUGAGGUUGGCGAAGCCAGCACACAAAAGAUACCAAAACAGCACCUAAUUGCUAGCGUGGAAGGGGAAGCUUUCCAGGUCCGUACACCCUCGGGCCAGACCACCGCGCCUGACCGCCUGAGCCGCACAGGAGUUGCCAAUAAACUCAAGCCUGUGCAGGAACAUUCGGAUGAACAUAACGAAACCCAACUGAGCAUAUUUGAGGUUGAGGACGAGAUGGGUGUGCCUCACGGAUUCAUUCCUUGGGUUCACAGUGUAAUCUCUGCUACUGGGACCAUGGUCUCUCGACUAUCAUCACGAAGAUCUUCGCAGCGCCUAUCCGUCGAAACCCAGUCGCCGGAUGAGCCCAAUCCACUCUUCCGUGAUAGCCAUAUGUCCAGUUCAAUUCUAUUUGAGAAUGUUGGUCGACAAGACCUGGAUCUGUUCGAUGAGUUACGGCGUGACAAUACAACGGAUCUGGAUGUGGCAUCACGGAUACGCCACUUCCUUGGGCAGUUGAGCGUUGCUCGAGCACGGCAACUGGUCAGGACUCGCAAUCAUCGUCACGAGACUGCGCUGGAAGUCGCUCUUGCUCUGGGGAAUAUUCCUGCCUGUGAAGUCCUCUUGCAAUUCGGCGCUGACGUGUACGCAAAAACCUCCAACGGGAAGUCACUCUCUGCCUUUGGCCGAGCAGUGGGAAGAAAAGACAUCCCGACAAAAUACUAUGUUGCUAUUGGUGCUUGCAGAAACAAGAUAUUCUCCAAAGCCGGAGAAGACGAACUUAAGAAUAACCCGGACCUUCAAAAGGCAAAACGGGUGUCCAGUAUCAAUAAUGGUGCUUGGCCAAAGUCGAAAGCGAGAGCUCGCAGUACCACAUUCCCCAAGAGGGCAAACACUACACACGUCCCACCUCCGUUAUCUAGUGGCCUGGCCCGGCUGGGCUCUCUUGUCGGUGUAAGCCGCGAUCGGCUUCGUCACAGUAGACCAAAUGGUAGUAGAGAGUCCAGCAGAUCGUAUGGUCGACCAGUCUCUUUUCAGAGAGCCCCCUCACUGGCUUUUUCUGAUAAUUUCUGGGACAGAAUAUCAGAUCCCCGACCAAUACAGACCGACCGCAUGAACAGUGCGUCUCAAGAAAGUCUACAACUCACGCAGUCUUUACAUUCGAACUUCGUCGUCGAACGUGGGACUCCAGUACCUACCCUACCAGACUUUGAUCCUAGCCUCGGAGUUUGGGAACUGCUACCCGAUAAUCGCAUGGUCUUCGUUCCUCACUCUCAAAGGACUAUGGAAUUACCUAUUCUUCCAAAUCCACUGCCACAUCAGAACCCCCCUGAAGCUGAGAUACGUCAAAGCACGAUUGGGCUAGCACAAUUUCCCAACCCACCAGCUCGGAUUGAGUUCAGGCAACCAAGCCAGAGAAACUCAGUGAACACGCGUCGACAUGGAAUGAUUUUUGACAGUGUAGCAGCAAAUUCCAUCAUGGAACCCGCUGCUGCUACCACAUUGAAUGAUGUCCUGCAAGAAUAUCAUCAGCCGGAUGCUGUCGCUGAUACCAUCAAUAGCCUGCCAGACAGUGAUCUGGCAUUCAUGAAUGCUUAUGACAACCAAUCUUACAAUCGUCAGAAUGAGACGACAGCAAACGUGUGGGACACCUUGGAACAGAUUCCACCUAAUGAGAAUCCCACUUUCAUGAAUGUCCCAGAGGCAGAACUUGCCAACCUUUUCCCUGAAGAGAUCCUUGAUAACAAUUUCGCACCGGGUUGGAUCUAAUAGGUAGCAAUUGGAGCAUGUACUUGGCGUUUUUGGUGUACCCACCUUGGAGCAUUGUUGUUGCUCCCUAUAUUCAAGUUCAGACAUAACGGCCUCACGGUAUCAAACUGCUCACUUAUCUUCGACAUUUCAUGGAGUUUUGAGUUCGACGAGAGGAGAUACCCAAAACCAAGAUUCUUUUCAGCGUUGGAGUUAGGUUCUCUGAUGCUUAGAUUAGCGUGUUUCGCUGGUUGUAUUUUGUUUUGAUUUUUCGAAAUUGAGAUAUUCUUUCGAGUUUUUUGGGGUUUGGGUAAUGGCGUCAAUAUUACGACUAAGAUUUGGGUUGCAACACUUGCUUGGAUGUACAUGAGAGCUCCUUGAAUGAAGAUAAAUUUAUUAAUGCCU